GACUGUCUGUUCAGGAAGAAGAGAGCGGAGGAUCGGUGUCUCCAGAAUCCUGCUGGAUCAACCGACAGAAGGACGAACCGGGGUCUCAACCCGACGCUUAUAAACCCGGAAGUAACCGUUGAACAUCUGUUUGCGCGCAGCUGGUCGGAGCACAGACAUGAGACUGUGGUGGUCCUGAUAGAGGAGGAAGGACAGGCACCGGGAUCAGACAUGGCCCACGUCGGCAACAGAGCGAGCGCGGAGGAGGAGGACUGCUUUGAGGAUGCCUACGACAGAAUACCUGUGGCCUGUCAGAUGGAUCUGCAGACAGCCAUCCAGGAGACUCAGUGCGCUCUGAACCUGGUCCUUAACAACAAGUUCUCUGAAGCCCUGGAUCUCCUGAAACCAUGGUGGAAGGACAGCAUGUACCACGCGUUGGGUUACAGCAGCAUCCUGGUGAUGCAGGCGGCGAUGACCUUUGAACACAGAGACAUCCAGACUGCCAUGGCAACCAUCAAGGAGGCGUUAAACACCUGUCAGAGGUUCAGGAAGAAGAACUCUGUGGUCGGCUCUCUGUCCAGUCUGAUCAGCAAGCAGUCCAACCUGCAGGAAGUGGAGAUGCACGCAGAGAUCUGCUACGCUGAGUGUCUGCUGCAGAAAGCCACGCUGACGUUCGUUCAGGAUGAGAACAUGAUCAGCUUCAUCAAAGGGGGCAUCAAGAUCCGAACAAGCUACCAAAUCUACAAGGAAUGUCAGAACGUGCUGAAUGCAUCUCAGGACCUGGCGGGCCAGUCUGAUGCGUUCAGACAGUUUGAGGGCGGAGUCAAGCUGGGCAUCGGCUCCUUUAACCUGAUGUUGUCGCUCCUCCCUCAGAGGAUUCUCAGGUUGUUGGAGUUCAUCGGAUUCUCAGGGAACAGGGGCUUCGGUUUGUCUCAGCUGAGGGAGGGAGCGUCCAGUCACAGCCUGAGAGCGAUCCUCAGCGCUCUGACUCUGCUCUUCUACCACACAUACGUGUCGCUCAUACUUGGGACUGGAGAGGGGAACCUGGUGGAGGCUGAAGCUCUGCUGGAGCCCUACAGACACAAAUACCCCAAAGGCUCUAUCAUUCUCUUCUACUCUGCUCGUAUCGCCACGCUGCGAGGGAACUUCGAGAAGGCACGGGCGAUGUACGAGGAGUGUAUCAGCAGCCAGGAGGAGUGGAAGCAGAUCCACCACCUGUGUUACUGGGAGCUGAUGUGGACUCACUCCUACCAGCAGGAGUGGCAGCAGGCGUACCACUACGCUGACCUGCUGUGCAAAGAGAGCCGCUGGUCUAAAGCUAUUUAUGUGUACCAGAAAGCAGCCAUCCUCAGCAUGAUGUCCGAGGAGGAGGUGAAGCAGACUGGGGAGGACAUCAUGGAGCUCUUUAGGCAGGUGGAGGGGCUGAAACAACGGCUUGCGGGGAAGUCGAUCCCAACAGAGAAAUUUGCAGUGAGGAAGUCCAGACGCUACAAAGCUGCUAAGCCCAUCCCCCUGGUCAUCCCUGCACUGGAGAUGAUGUACGUCUGGAACGGUUUCACCAUCGUCGGGAAGAGAGCCGACUCUACCGAAGCCCUGCUGGUGACCAUAGAGGCUGCUGAGGAGCAGCUUCGAGCCGACUCCAACCCGACUGAGUUUCAUCCAGAUGACAGCUGCCUGGUCCAGAUGUUGAAGGGCCUCUGUCUGAAACACCUGGGCAGGUUGUUGCAGGCGGAGCUCUGCUUCACGCAGGUUCUCUCCAGUGAGGGUCGUAUCAGAUACGAUCACUACUUGAUUCCCUUCACUCUGUAUGAGCUGGGUCUGCUCUACAAACAGCAGGGAGACUUCACCAAGGCCGCCAUGUACAUCGAGAACGCCAAGACUAACUACAAGGACUACUCCAUGGAGUCCAGACUGCACUUCAGGAUCCAUGCGGCCCUCAGCAGCCUCAAAGGAUCCCCUGUUGGGACCCCGUAAUCCUCCCCAACACGUCACAGUGCAGCUGGACUCGAGGAGGGUCCAGGUGUAUCUCACUCAGUGAAGACCAGUAUCAGGGUGUGAGAUCAGGAGUACGACAGGGCUCUCUCUAUAUAUUUGUAAUCAUUAUAUGUAUAACGUGCUUAUUUAUUCCUUCGACUCUGAGGACAGAUGAGAUUAUUUCAAGUUACACCGACCCCCCCAACGGGCUUCCUCUCAGCGCCUGUCAGAUAAAACGUGUUAUCAGUCGAGCGUCUAUUUAAUCCCAUUUUAAUGUCAGGAAGGAGGGGGGGGGGGGGGGGGGUUCAUAUAAAAGCACAAGGUAGAAAAAAGUGUUUGCAGCAGAGAUCAGCUGUUGAAGGCGACAAGGAGGAACCAAUAAGAGACGAGAGAUUCUCUUCUCACCGUCUGAACACAUUAUUUAUAAUCUUUAUAGUUUGCCUUUAUGAUUUCCUUAUGUCACGCCACAUGUGCACGGAGCACGCCAUCGUGUCUGUGCACAUGCAACGCAGCCUUCUCACCAACCGUGGCUUUUAAUAACACGCACACACACACGCACACACACACACACACACACACACACACACAGCUUAAAGACUCAUACUCCAAGCUUGAACGUGCCGGGCAAUAGAAAAGAAAGCAGAGUAACACAGCCGGCGGUACACGCUCACAUUUAGCAGCAAUAUAAACAAGCUUAGCUAACACUCUAUUAACCUCUCCGUCGUUUUCUCCGUCCGUGUUUCAUGAAGUUCAGUUUUUAAUGUAAUUUGACUUUCAUUUCUCAGACACCUAUAAUCUCUGCCAUGGAUGGUUUGAAGGUUCAAUCAACUUAACGACAGGCUGGAGCUGAGGCGGGUUUUAAGCUAAUGGGGACUGACUCACUUUGAAGUCAGCCUCUAGUGGACACUUGAGGAACUGCAGUUUUUAUUUACACUUCAGCAUCAUUCAUUUUUAAACUCGUUAUGUUGCAGCUUGGUCACUGCACGCCGAACGGCCCCGCCUCCGAGGAAUCUUUGCACAACUAAAACUUCCCUUUCUCCACGUCUGCUUCACUUCCUGUUGACAGAAAACUAAAAAUCCUGAAGGAUUAAUUUAUUUUACGAGUCGUCGUGUGUGUUAUGAGAGAUUUUAUUAUAAACACUAAACAUGAAGAAAUGAAUGCUCGCUUUCUAUUUAUGGACUGACAAGUUUAAAUAAAGCACAAUCUAAUAUAAAUAUUUACCACCAGAAAUACAAACAAUAGUGAGAAAUAUUUCCUGACUUUAUUCUUAUUUUGCGUCUAAUUGUUCAAAACUUUCCAACUCCAAUAAAGGAGACAGCAGGGAACAGUUCGCCUUCUCCCCGUGACGAAUGUGUCGACCUCAAAGACCAAAUCAUACGUGUCUCUUGCUCUGCGUGUCUUUUUUUUCUGUGUGUAUUUGGUGCUUAUUAAUGAUUAUGUCCUAUAUUUAUAUUUAAGGGUGUAGUUUUUGAGUGUUUGAUAUCAAAUGUAACGUAACAAGUUAACGCGCCAAGUGCAGAAAAAUAUUCAGAAGUUUGUUGUUAGUCUUAGAAUAAAAAGACCAGAGUCCUUUAUAGAGAAAGUUGUGACAAAACAAAAUAACGCUCCAGUGGAUUUUAAUUUAACCGCUAAUGCUUGGAAACUGAAAAGAGUUUUAAGCUAACAUGCUAAUAUAGCCUAAUGCUAACACUUCCUCCAGAAAAUAAUAAGCUCAGUCAUAAAGUUAAAGGUAUUGUACUGAUCAAUAAUAUUUCCAGUUAGAUGCAGUGAUUGAUUUAACAAGGUGUGUUGUAUUAGCAUCGCACUCCUAGCUUAUGCUACAACGUUAGCAUGCUUUCUGUUCUGUCACAGAAUGAACAAAAACUUUCACGUCAGUGUUCGUUAACACCGGACUUCAUCUCCACCUUACAGAUCUAAUUACUGACAAACCGCUCUGCUCAGAUGAUAUCUGUUCACUUUGUUUACAUCUGGGUUGGAGAGCACAGAGAGCAGGCCCGUUAACAGGAGCUACAGCCCCAACUAGUGGGGGACGGCUGCGUUGCAGUCUGAGCACAACAUUAGUCCGACAUCGAGUUAAAGCGUUAAUAAUUAGUUUCACCAACUUGUAAUUCUGGUGCUGACUAGCGAUGGCGUUUAACGGUUAAGUCGAGUAAACACAUGCAUCCCUAAUGUGAUUACUGACACCUUAUUGUGUAUCAAAAUAUCGAAUAAAUAUGACAAGACACAAAAUAACCAACAGUUUUGUUAUUCUUGAGAGUCGAGGUAGAAUAAAACCACAACAUUUUAUUCAAAAUCAAGUUUUCAAACAGUCAACCUUUAGACGUUUUUGGGGUUAAAAAUGGUGAAAAACUUGAAACUUUGACUUAAAGUACUGCUCAAAGAAAACCAAGUUGUCACAGACUUUCUUUAAUGAAGGGUUUUUGUCGUCCUGUUUCAUUCAGUUGUUCAUGUCAGUGCCUCUGUGUGUCUGUGUUCCACUGUAUCUCUGAAGCGUUUCUCUUUUUGCAUUGCAUGUUAUUCUUUAUUGUGAGACGUAACUGUAUGUGCUUCACGGCAGGAAGUGAUAUGACCAUAUAUGGCCAGGCUUUACCGUAACAGACGGUGAUUAAUGUGGUGCAAUACAAUGAAAACAUGAGAAUGAUUCUUCAUUUUGAGUCAUUAUGUGUUUAUCUUUUAUGUUUAUGUGCCUCUUUGUGGGUGUCAGUAUUUUGCCUUUUUUCUUGAUUAUUUCGCCUUGUGUUUAUAUUAAAGGUUUUUAAAUUCAA